GCCACAUCUCUUCCGACUUCCGCCCCAACUUUCUCUCCCUGCCGAUUUUAUCUUCUCUCUCUAAAAUCCCUAAAUUAGGGUUUCAUUUAAAGAAAUUACCCUUCGCCAGCAGAGAUUACACACGAAUGCUUUUAAUCCACCGGAUAAGAAAGCAAGACAGUGAGGAAAAACAGCUCUAUACGUGACCUCAUUAUGCAUCUGUUUUGCGACUAUUCUAGUUCGGCAGAGGUUGAGGCGGCAGCGAAUCCCUUCUAAAUUGGGGAACUUGAGGCCUUCUGUUUGUGUGGAUGGACAGAAUGGACUUCAUGGUCAGGAGAGAACAACUGUGCUUGUCGAUGUUGGUGAGAAUGGUGCGCAGGUGGGGAUAUCGCUAAUGGAGCAGCUGGUGCCGGAUCUAAGACUGCAUGCUCUCAGCUUCUUAGAUUAUCCCAGUGUCUGCCGUCUCUCCAUGGCGAAUUCCCUCCUCCAUAGAGCUGCCAAUGAUGAGAUUUUGUGGAAAAGACUCUAUCUUAAGGAUUUCUCGUUGGAGCAAAGUAAUGUUAAGCCAGCCAAUGGAUGGGAAGCUUAUUAUGUAGCUAACUUAGCCAUUGUUAACAUCAACGCUGAGUUUUUUAGGAUAGUUAAAGAGAGGUCACAUACUGAUAUGUCCCAGUUUUGGCUCAAGGCAGGUUACGUCAAAUGUUUCCAUGCUACUGGCGAGUCAUUUGCUGGUUACAACCAAGUCAUGGAGAGCUGGCGUGCGACAUUUAACCAGGAGAAUGCUAUUAAUUUCCAGAUACGAGAUGUAAGGACUCAUGUCCUAACAGAUAUGGCUUGGGUUACCAUGAAAGCUUAUUCCAACAUGGAGAGAGCAUACAAUGUGACAAACAUUUAUGAACUCUGUGACGGUAGGUGGUAUAUGGUGCACCAUCAUAGCUUAGCAGCUCUCUUCCACGGAGGAGCUGAUCAACAAUUUGUGUAGAGAUAAGGAAACGCCCUUGCCAAGGAUUUUCAAGGAAAGGGUAAAGUAUUUACAUUCUUUGUUUGAAAUUACAUAAAACCUCAAAAAUUUCUUGGGAGAUUCUAGUUUCUCUUUUAAAAAAUGAUUUAUUACCUCAGGUUUUGCAUAUGUGGAAUUGUUGAAAGAUGUGUGUUUUAGGGUUUUUGCGUGUCUCUCUUCUCACAGUAUAUGCACAAAUAUUGCACAGCACAAUACAUGCACAGCACAUAUGGUGUUUCCUACCCCCUCCCCCUGUCUUGAAUCAAGAUUCUCUUGCCUACAAUUGGUGUGGCAUUCCAUCCAUGAUGUGUUUGGAAACUAUAGAAAAUUUGAUUUACUUUAAUUUUAUAAAAUCGCCGUUCUAUUUUUCCAAAGUUUCCAAACACAGAAUGAAAGAUGCAUUAGGACACCAUUUAUGGACUAGACUAUUUGGUUGAAUCUAGCAUUACUGACAUGCGACUGGAAUGCGCUAUGGCUUAAUGAUACUGGAAAUGCGGCCUUAAGCAUUAUUGUUAUUAUUUGCAAUUUUUUAGGAGGAUUUUUCUGGGGAAAUUGAUGUUUUGGGUAGUGGAUUAUAUGUUAUAGGAAACAUGGAUUAACAUGUACUUUGAAUGUAAAUGAUGCGAAUUUUGUUUAGGUAACUAUCUUUUUUUUCCCUUUUCUUUUUGCCGGAGGGCUUUACCAAAUUUUCGUGUAUUGUAAUAAGUGAGGGAGAGAUAUCACUUUGAUGGAUUUAAUGUAAAUAAUCGUAUAAUUUUGUUUUGUUA